CCCUUUUCUCAUAGGAACUUCAACUUAUGUUCCUUCAAAUUUUUUUAACAUUUUUCUCUUUACCUUCCAUAACAUGCUCAUGUGCAUUCAAGAUCCAAACAUAACCAUUUGUCCCUCUUUUGUCUUAAGAGAAAAAAAAACUAUCUCAUGGAUCUGUUGAGACUAAAAUACAUUGAAUCUAUUUCACACAUGAAAAGUCCUCCAACUUCUGCUUCAAUCUUUGGUUCACCUUUACAUUCUUCUUCUCAUCAUACUGGCUUUCCUAUUAUAGCAGUUGCUAUUAUUGGUAUUUUGGCAACUGGUAUUUUACUAGUUAGCUACUACAUUUUUGUGAUUAAAUGUUGCUUGAAUUGGCACCGGAUUGAUCUUCUAAGGCGAUUUUCGUUCUCUAGAAAUCGACGUGUUGAAGACCCUUUAAUGGUUUACACACCAGGGUUGGAAAAUCGAGGACUAGACGAAUCAGUAAUUCGAUCAAUUCCUGUCUUUAAUUACAAGAAAAGGGAAGAAAAAGAUGGUGCAUUAGGUGAAAAUGCAACAACUAGUUGUGAAUGUGCUGUUUGUUUGAAUGAGUUUCAAGAAAAUGAGAAGCUAAGGAUUAUACCAAGUUGUGCACAUAUUUUCCACAUUGAUUGUAUUGAUGUUUGGCUUCAAAACAAUGCAAAUUGUCCACUUUGCAGAAAUAGCAUCUCUUCAACUGUUACAAAUUUGUUCCCUUUGGAUCCAAUUAUUGCUCCAAGUUCCACUCCUCAAGAUCCAAAUCUUGAAAAUUUCAGAGAUGAAAAUUAUGUUGUUAUAGAAAUAUCAAACAUUAGUCCAAUUCCUACAAAUCCAUCAUUAGUUAGAAAUCAAGAAAGGGUGAAUUCAAGAAGAAAAGGUAAGAAAUUUAGCCAUGUUACAAGUAUGGGAGAUGAAUGCAUUAACAUUAGAAAGAAAGAUGAUGAAUUUACAAUUCAGCCUAUAAGGAGAUCUUUUUCAAUGGAUUCAGCGACGGAUCGACAACUUUACGUAGCAAUUCAAGAGAUUAUACAGCAACAAAGGCAAGUAAUUGAUUUUAGUUCCUCAGAAGGAAGCAGUAGUAGAGUUAAAAGAUCAUUUUUUUCAUUUGGACAUGGAAAAGGAUCUAAAAAUGCAGUUUUACCUAUUCAUUUAGAGUCAUAAUGAGGGUGAAAAAAAUCAAACACCCCUUUUAGUUGGUUUUUUUAUUGUAAUUUUUUAUGUAUUUUGUUGGUGUAGAGAUAGUGGAAAGUUAGUUGUGGAUAUUAAAGUAGUUUUACUGCAAGUUGAACUUUCUUGUUCAGUAGAUUUGUUUGGUUUUUGGAUUAUUCAUGUAGUAUAAGAUUACAAAGGCAGGACCACUUAUGCAAUGACUCAUUGUUAUGAUUAUAGGCA